AUGGCAACCACUCGACCAGCAACAAAGGCCGGCACAUGGUAUAAGGGAGAACAUCAGAAGUUGCUGGAUGAGCUUAAGGGAUACCUAGCCGCGGUUCCCGAGAGUCUAAAUGGAGCUUCACUGCCUAUUCCUGGAGCUCGUGUCAUCAUCGCCCCCCAUGCGGGAUAUCAGUUCUCUGGUCCAUGUGCCGCUUGGGCUUACAAGACACUCGACCUGAGCCGUGCUAAACGUGUCUUUGUCCUGGGCCCAUCUCAUACUUACUACCUUGAAGGAUGCGCAGCUACCACUUUUGGAAAAUACGCAACUCCUUUCGGUGUUCUUGAGAUCGAUGUGGAUCUGGCUAGAGAGCUUGAGGAGGCAAUGAUGAUGGAGCAAAUGCCCCGACAGGGAGAGAUUAACGAACACUCUCUGGAGAUGCAUAUGCCAUACCUGUACCUCCGCUGCGAGGAAACAUUCGGGACACCAGACAAGUUUCCCAAGAUCGUGCCCGUGCUUGUCGGAAGCAACACUGGAAAAGAGGAGAAGGCCAUAGGGCGAGCCCUGCUGCCAUAUGUUAGGGACCCUGAGAACGCCUUUAUUAUCAGUUCCGACUUCUGCCAUUGGGGCGAUAACUUCGGCUACCUCCCUUACUCUGCAACCAAUAGUCCUUCUGAUUUGAAGCAGCUAAAGAAGGAAAGCCCCAAGCCCAACGGCCCCCCAAUCCAUGAAACGAUCAAAGCCAUUGAUCAAGCGGCCAUGGAUGCCGUUGAGAGUGGCGAUCAUGAUGCAUUCACUAGCACUCUCAAGCAGACACGGAACACGGUGUGUGGACGACAUCCCAUCGGUGUUACAAUGGCAGCACUGGAGUUGCUCCGAAAGGAACCCGAUUUCGAAAACAAAGGACAAUUCAGUAUCAUCAAGUACGAUCGGAGCAACUUGGUUGAGUAUCCUGAUGACAUGAGUGUGAGCUACGUGUCUGCUUAUGCUGUACUUUGA